CAAGUCGACACAAAACAAAAGUCAUUCUGUCUUCGUUCAGUAUUCAGUGAGAAACAAAGACAGAAUGAUUCUUGUGUCAACUUGUGUUGACUGUGUCUCCUAAAAGGAAAGCAGCCAGUAGUAAGACGUAAGAUUCUUGGAGUUCUUUUAUUUUUGUCUAUACAAGAAACCCAAAACUAAAACUUAAGCAGAGAAACAACAUAGAAGAGAGAUUUUAGAGAAAAACAGAUGCAACAUGAGCACUUUUUUUACCAUGAACUCUAAAAAUACAAGCUCUAGAUUAAUAUGUGCAGUUCGUGAAGGAAACCUAGAAAGAGCAAGGGAGCUAAUUACUUCUUUUGGACUAUCUUAUUCAGAAGCAUGGUUAGGAGGAUAUGCUUUACUUUGUGAUGCUAUUAGGAAGAAGCAUACACAAGUUAUUAAACUACUUUUAGCAAGCGGUUCUAAAGUUAACUUCACUACUCCAAAAAUUAAUAAUACUCCACUUCAUUUAGCUGUUAUAAAUGGUGACAUAGAAAUUAUUAAGAUGCUUCUAGACAGACAUGCUGAUGUUAAUGCUACAUCUUGGUAUGGCACAACUCCUUUUCACUAUGCGAUUGAAGAGAAAGAAAUGGAAAUUGCUGAAUUACUUUUCAAUCAUGGAGCUAAUGUUAAUGCCAGUAGCAAUGACGGUGUUACACCAAUGCAUCUUGCUGUUCAAAAAGGACAUGUAGAUGGUGUUAAGAUGCUUAUGGACAGAGGUGCUAACAUUAAUGCUGAAACUCGGGAUGGCACAACUCCUCUUCACUAUGCGAUUAAAGAGAAAGAAAUGGAAAUUGCUGAAUUACUUUUAAAUCAUGGAGUGAUACACCACUAUAUUUUGCUGUUAAAAACAGACAUGUAA